GAGGAAGUUGUUACAGUGCUACUGCUGCCAUAGAUCAGGACUGUCAUGAAGGCCAGAGCUUGUACAAGAAGGGAGUGGAGCGCCAUCUUCCUCGUUCUGGCCGUGGCUGUCUUAAUCUUACUGCUACACAACAUGGACAUUCUGGAGUUUCAGCAUGAAGUGAACUCCAUCAUCCUCCUGAGAGUUACCACUCACCCUGACAUGAAUCACAGCUUCUGCACCUUCCAGCCACUCUCCCUUGAGGACACUCUGGAGGAACGCCUCCUACUAGACUCCAUUGCUUGGCCUGAAACUCCACCUUUGCCAGCUCCUCUUUACUCAGUGAAUACCAGUGAUCCAGCUCACAGCACCUUCACCAUUCUCCCAAGGAGGGGAGGAGGACAGUGGCAAGUAGGGGAUCAGCUGGAGGUUAUGAUAAUAAUGUCUGACUUCCAUGGUCAUCCCAAGAAGUCUGGGGGGGACUUCUUACUCGCCCGGCUCCACAACCUGAAGCUUGGUGCAGGUGUAGCUGGGCAAGUGUUGGAUCAUCUCAAUGGGAGCUACUCUGCUGUGUUCUCUUUACUCUGGGAAGGAGACGCACAGGUUGAGGUGAUGCUGGUUCAUCCUGGUGAGGCCAUCUCUGUGUUGAAAAGGCUGAACAGAGAACAUCCUGACAGGGUUUACUUCAGGAGCCUCUUCCGCACAGGCUCACUCUCUGAAACUACUGUCUGUAACGUCUGCCUACGUCCAAUCCAGCAGCCGCUGUGCAACUACAUUGACCUCCGGACAGGUGAGCCUUGGUUCUGCUACAAGCCAAAGAAUCUGAGCUGUGAUGCCAGAAUCAGCCACACCAUGAAAGGAAAAGGUGGCUUCACCAUGGCCUAUGAGAGGAAGCUCUUUCGGAGGUGA